UUUAAACUUCCGUUGGCUGCUUAGUCACAGCCCCCUCUCUUUGGGUGUGUCCUUCGCGCGCUCCCUCCCUCUUAGGUCACUCUUUCAAAGCCUGGAAUAAAAACCACGGCCAACUUCCGAGGCGGUCUCAUUGCCCAGCAGCCCCCAGCCAGUGACAGGUUCCAUUCACCCUCUUUGCCCCUUUCCCCGCGACCCUUUUCCAGAGGCUACUAGAUCCUUUGGUUUCAUCCUGCACAUCAUGGACAAGGUUUGGUGGCACACAGCUUGGGGACUACUUUGCCUCUUACAGUUGAGCCUGGCACAGCAGCAGAUCGAUUUGAAUAUAACCUGCCGUUACGCAGGUGUAUUCCAUGUGGAGAAAAAUGGCCGCUACAGUAUCUCCAGGACUGAAGCAGCUGACCUCUGCGAGGCUUUCAAUACCACCUUGCCCACCAUGGCUCAGAUGGAGUUAGCCCUGAGCAAGGGGUUUGAAACAUGCAGGUAUGGGUUCAUAGAAGGACACGUGGUAAUCCCGAGGAUCCACCCCAACGCUAUCUGUGCAGCCAACAACACAGGAGUGUAUAUCCUCCUCGCAUCCAACACCUCCCACUAUGACACAUAUUGCUUCAAUGCCUCAGCUCCUCUUGAAGAAGACUGUACAUCAGUCACAGACCUACCCAAUUCCUUCGAUGGACCAGUUACCAUAACUAUUGUCAACCGUGAUGGCACCCGCUACAGCAAGAAGGGCGAGUAUAGAACACACCAAGAAGACAUCGAUGCCUCAAACAUUAUAGAUGAGGAUGUCAGCAGUGGAUCCACCAUUGAGAAGAGCACCCCAGAAGGCUACAUUUUGCACACCGACCUUCCCACUUCACAGCCUACUGGAGACCGGGAUGACGCCUUCUUUAUUGGGAGCACCCUGGCCACCAUUGCAACUACUCCAUGGGUUUCUGCCCACACAAAACAGAACCAGGAACGGACCCAGUGGAACCCGAUCCAUUCAAACCCAGAAGUACUACUUCAGACAACCACCAGGAUGACUGAUAUAGACAGAAACAGCACCAGUGCUCAUGGAGAAAACUGGACCCAGGAACCACAGCCUCCUUUCAAUAACCAUGAGUAUCAGGAUGAAGAGGAGACCCCACAUGCUACAAGCACAACCUGGGCAGCUCCUAAUAGCACAACAGAAGAAGCAGCUACCCAGAAGGAGAAGUGGUUUGAGAAUGAAUGGCAGGGGAAGAACCCACCCACCCCAAGUGAAGACUCCCAUGUGACAGAAGGGACAACUGCCUCAGGCCACAACAACCAUCCAAGUCAAAGAAUGACAACACAGAGUCAAGAGGAUGUUUCAUGGACCGAUUUCUUCGACCCAAUCUCACAUCCAAUGGGACAAGGUCAUCAAACAGAAAGCAAGGAUACAGACUCCAGUCAUAGUACAACCCUUCAGCCUACUGCGGCUCCAAAUACCCAUUUGGUGGAAGACUUGAACAGGACAGGACCACUUUCAGUGACAACUCCACAGAGUCAUUCUCAGAACUUCUCUACAUUACCUGGAGAGCUGGAAGAAGGCGAAGACCAUCCAACAACUUCUGUUCUGCCAUCUAGCACUAAGAGUGGUGCAAGAAGAGGUGGAAGUCUUCCCAGAGAUACAACUACUUCACUGGAAGGCUACACCCCUCAAUAUCCAGACACAAUGGAAAACGGGACUCUCUUCCCAGUGACCCCUGCUAAGACUGAGGUCUUUGGAGAAACUGAAGGGACUGUUGCUACUGACUCCAACUUUAAUGUGGAUGGCUCCUUACCAGGUGAUGGAGACUCAUCCAUGGACCCCAGGGGUGGUUUCGACACUGUGACUCAUGGAUCCGAAUUAGCUGGACACUCAAGUGGGAAUCAAGACAGUGGAGUGACCACAACUUCUGGUCCUGCGAGGAGACCUCAGAUUCCAGAGUGGCUUAUCAUCUUGGCAUCCCUCCUGGCGCUGGCUCUGAUUCUUGCCGUCUGCAUUGCUGUCAACAGUAGGAGAAGGUGUGGGCAGAAGAAGAAGCUGGUGAUCAACAGUGGCAAUGGAACAGUGGAAGACAGGAAACCAAGUGAACUCAACGGGGAGGCCAGCAAGUCUCAGGAAAUGGUGCAUUUGGUGAACAAGGAACCAACAGAGACUCCGGACCAGUUUAUGACAGCUGAUGAGACCCGGAAUCUGCAGAGUGUGGAUAUGAAGAUUGGGGUGUAGUGCCUAUGCCACUAACUUGAAAAGACACAACAAUUGGAGACAUGUCAUUACUGGGAGCUGGGACCCUUAACAGAUGCAAUGUGCUACUGAUUAUUUUUAUUGGGGAUUAUUUUGGGCAUAAAAUUUCCCUUUUUUUGUUUUUUAAAAGUUUGUUUUCCAAUUUAUGAAAAUAGCAUUGCUUUCUGAAAUGAGGGUCUCUUCCAGUUCCUCCUUAGAGGCCUUGCAUUACCAGGGUAUGCUACCAUAGGCUUCUACCAAAUGAAUACUCUUGGUCCCGAUUGAACCCAAAGUCCCAGGUAACAUCCACCAGCUAAGGAUUUCCCCAGAACUUAGAGAGAUUGGUCUCUGGGAGGAAAUUUGAAUGGGUCCAUAUUGCCUCCCAGCAGUCCAAUCUGUAGGCAUUGCUUUGCAGUGGAUGGGAGAUCAGGUGUACUGGUUACACACUCUCUUUAUAGACUCCCUUCUGCUGGAAAAUUUCCACAUGCUUCUGAGAGAUUCCCCAAAGGGUGACGCUAUUUAUCUUUAGUAAGCUAUUUAUCUUUGUUUUUGAAAUAUCAAACCCUGGAGGUCCUUUUUUCAGUAUGACUUUUUUUAUUUUGUUUUUUUUUUUAUUUUGUUUUUUAGGUUACUUUGUCAGAAGCAUAACAGGGUAUAAGUUGAUUCAUAAUAAAUACCUGUCCAUCUUCCAUCUUGACCUGUUGUGCUGUGAUCCUUCAGUUUCUAAAUCAGCAAGGUCUGAGUCUUUGUAGCACAUCAAUGUGACCUUAGUAUGGUCCUCUGAAACUCAUGUUAGAGCAUCCGUGCCCUGCUUGGGUUUACCCAGCUGAAUCUCAGAAGAUCAAGGACAGGAGCACUGUUUUCAUUCUAGGGCUAUCAAAGGGGUUUCUCUCCUGUUCAAGAAUCUGAAUUGGGAGUAGGAGAGCUUCUGUCCCUUUUAUGUUUCGAUAACCACCCAUUUCUCUUUCUUAAAGGGCACAUUAAGUUUUUAUAUCUUACAACAUUCGCGGUCCUGUUUCAUAGACACUGAUCUUAUUGGCACUUUCACAAAACAGUGUGGAGGGGACUUCUGACACCUUAUAGUAAAAGGAGAAGCCAACAGAAAUGAAAGUGUGGACAGAGAGCAGUAGAUUGGCAUGAGGAGGCAUGAUGUACAACCCCCAGACCACUCUUUCCAUCACCACAUUUGUUGAUGCUUUCGCAAGCCAGUUGGUACUUAGAAUCAGUUCCCCAGGGAAUCCUUCAAAAAGCCAUAAGAAUGCCCACCCCUGGAAUCUUACCACCACCAGAUGAGCAGGUUUAUGGUUUAGCAAAAGGAGAAUGCUGUCACCCUCUGACCUCAUAGUUUUCACAUACUGGGCAAGUGUUCAUCUGCCAGGAUGCCCCAUUGCUCCUAGGUCUUCCCAGGUACCUUGUAGAAGAACUUAAAUCUAUAAAAUAAGGCUUUCUCUAAAAUGGAACUUCCUUUCUAAGGCUCCCAUUUUUACUGUUGACUAAAUUUAUAUGUUUAAUAGUUUUUUUUCAAAUAAAAACAAACACAAAAAAGGAGAAAAUGUUUCCACCUGAAUCAGGUUUGAGUGGAUGUGAAGGCUUUGUUUAAAGGAGAUACACAGACUUUCCGAUGCUCAUUGUGACCCUCAGCUCUCCUUUCAAACAUUCCAGCCUCUCUCCUUCCCUGCCCAGCUCUCUCACAGGGCCUGGCUUUCAGAUUUUCUUUCUCUUUCUCUGUGAAUACUCUUAGCCAGUUCCAUAUUUAGACACCCGGUUUUCUUGUUCGAAUAGACACUAGAUGAUUCUUCGCUAUUCUCUACUGGUAUUAGAAUGGUCCCUGUCCUUAGAGCUGUCCUGGUCUACCACACUCACAUCAGGCUCCCUGGGGCUCUUUAACCUGUAUACAGCAAGCUACUCUGGGAUUGGGCAUUAAAGGGGUCUGUCAAGCACUCUAAGACCCCUUGAUGCCUUUUGAGGGCACACAAGAAGGGUCAUGGAAGAUUCAGGGCCAGAGAUGAGUCUAUGUCUAUUCUAGAAAUGUCCACUAGCUGGGUUGUGGUAGGAUAUUGUUUGCCAUGGUGAUGAUGAUUCUGGUAGCACAGUCUGACUUUGUAUUACUUCUGCCAAUGGCUUGCCAGGUGAUAUGAGCUAAGUCAUUGAACUGAGGUCCUGUUAGUAAAAAUAACAGGCUGGAAUUUAGUGAUUUUGUAAAGUACUAGGAACAUAUAAAGUGUUAUAUUACCACCAAUUAUAAAUCUCUCAUGUAUCUGAAGGCUUUCCUUCAGUUUGUCUUGGGUUAAAAUCAAAUGAGGUGAAAGAUAACUUCAUGUCUAUAGUUUGUAUGUUCUAGCUAGAUAAAAUGAAUGCUUCCAGAAGAACCCUUAAAAAGCUUUAUAUUGACAUCCAUAACACCAAGAAGUGGCCUUUUCGCUAAAAUCCAUCCAAGACUGUCAUAGGAAAGUAGAAGAAACAGCCACUUUUUUUAGAAAAGUAAAAUGUUCAUAAGAACAGGGAUUACCCACUAUGAUGUCCUGUGUUUUUGUGUAAGUUCUAUGUGUUGACUUUUUAAACAUAGUCAAUUGUUAGGUAUGUAUAAUGAGUUUUUCUAUUGUUCCUUUGAUUUUUUUUUCAGAGAUCAUCCUCUUCUUUUCUAGUUUUUGUAUAUUUAUUGAUUGACUAAUAAUAAUGAGGAAAACAUGAUGUGUAUAUUACCCAGUUGAAAGUGUGUAUUGGAAAAUAUUAAAAGGUCAUAAGAAAUGGAA